GCCGUCGCAGAGCGAUGGCCUCUCGGGCGACGAGGAGUCUCAGCCUCAGAUUGGCGCCGCGGUGCUGUCCUUCGAUGAAGCCGGACGCUUGAAGGUCUCGCUGGUCAAGGCCGAGCCGCUCUCCGAGCCAGGUCUGAGCGACAAUGAUCUGACGGGCUCGGAGACUGCGUCUGCGCUCAACGACGCCAUCGUCAAGAGCGAGAAGGCAACGUCCGCCGUCAAGGGCUCGGCCAGCAAGAAGGCGCUAGUCGAUCCGCUCUUCGGAACAAGCCGCCGUCUCGUUCUCAGCCGCUACAUGGGAGAGCUGCCCGAGCAGAAGCGUGUCGUACACAGCAAGGCAGGCAACGACGGCGCUGCGCGGCUCGGUGACGACACCAUCGACGACGGCAACGCGCCGGCGGACAUCUCCUUCGUUCGCGCCGACGCCGAGUCGGAUGCUGCACUCGACGAAGAGGACCAGCAAUCCAGCGCCAUGGAGGCGGAAAGCGCCUCGGAGGCGGAGCUGGACGACGAGCUCGAAGACGAAGAGCUCGACGAGGAGCUCGAGGAGGAGGAUCUCGACGACGAGCACGACGACUUCGACGCCAACGCGCUCGACGCUGAUGAGCUCUACGCGAAUGAUGUCGCCAGCGAGCAGCCCGACGACUGCGAGGAGCCGGCGCAGUAUGAUGAGGAGGGAUACGAUGUCGAGGAGCUGGCGGAUGAGGACGCGGCUGCGGAGGCAGAUGCAGUCGCCGAGAACGACGGCGAGGACCUGCCAGCCGCCGAGAGCGAGACCUCCGUGCGACUGCGACGCGUGCCUCUCCGAUCACGAGUGUCCCGAGGACGAGCAAGAGGAGGAAGCAGAGGAGGAGGAGGAGGCGGUCGUCGACAAUGGCAGCGAGGUGUCCGAGGAGGACGUCGCGUCGUGCGACUGCUCGGAGUGCGCCGACGCGCUGAGCGACAGCGAGGAGGAGGACGAUGAGCAGUCCGAGGAGGACGCGGCAGACGAGCCAGGAACUCCCGAGAGCAGCAAGCACGACUGCCAGUCGGCGGCCGACGACGCGUACGCGGCCCAUCUCGCGGCUGGAGGCGCUAGGGACGUACUCCAUGAGGCACAGCUGGCCACGUGGCGCGACGACGACAUCGCCAGUCUCGCUGCGUGGAAGUCCAUGCGUAAGCACGCCCGCAAGAGCGCACAACAGCAGCGGACACACGAGGCCGAAGAGCUUUCUGGUGAUGCGGAAGUUGAGCCCAACGCCGGUGCCAGUGUCGCGCAGGAGGACGCUUCGGUGGAAGCUCCUUCACUGGACACUCCGCGGAUGGACACUCCUUCGCUGAACACCUCUUCGCUCGCAACUCCGAAGCCCGAGGUAAGCGAGACGAGCUGCCCCGCAGUGGCCGGAGUCAAGCGCUCGCUCGACGACAUGGAGAACGAGGAGAGCGCCGCGCCGGAGGCGAGCGGUAACUCUCCGGCGAGCGACAACUCCGAGGUCGUCCCGCAGGCGUCCGCCACCGCUGCCGCGAGCGAUGUGGCUGCUCGCCCCAGCAAGCGUGCUCGCCGCAUCGCCGCCGCUCGCAACUUCGCCGCCGGCGCUGCCAUUGGAGCCCUUGGCACAUUCCUCGGUCUGGCACGCCUCGGCCGCUCCUACGAGUGAGCGCACGCCAUCAAAGCGGCGCCUCGCCAAACUUCUCUUGAGCUCUGCACACGCGUGGCGCUCGACGCCACCUAACGACCCACCCUUCUCGCACAUGGCUUCUCGGUUCUGGAUGACACGACCGCGCUCCUUCACAUCUCUUGUUCGGCAGCCGUCUUCUCUCUCAGCCUCACACCUCGCGUCACCCCUCGGUCCCUCUACACAUAUAUACUCCUCGCUCGCGC